AUGGAUCUCCGCCAGAAACCAACCGACGAGGAUCUAGCCAAACCGUCUGGAAUGCUUGAUCUCCACGAAGAGUCCGGUCUCGCAGCUAUCAGAGAGUGCGGGCUAUACAAUGAAUUCCUUCAGCUCACCGGCGACUGCGCAGAAGCACAAAUCGUGGCCGAUAAAGACGGUUAUAUAAUACUCUAUGCAGAUGAAGGAGAGCUGAGUGAGCGCCCUGAGAUCUCCCGGCACGCACUCACAAAGCUUUUGAGCUCCCAGUUACCAGCCGAGGCGAUCAAAUGGGGCCACAAACUCAUCUCAGCGCGCUUCACAACACCAAACAGCACCAAGACGGAACUAGAGUUCGAUGGCUAUGGCACACAGACAUUCGACCUUGUCAUCGGGGCCGACGGCGCCUGGUCGCGAAUCCGCACUCUUCUGUCGGACGUCAAACCGCACUAUGCAGGGAUGCAGAAUAUCACCGUCACGAUCCGCCAUAUCACAGCCAAAUAUCCAGAUCUCGCUGCCUUUGUCGGCCGCGGUAGCUUUGCUGCCCUUGGCCUCCGACACGGCGUCCUGUCGCAGCGUGGACCGGACGAUUCGGUGCGCGUCUACAUUAUACUCUUUUCGGCCGACGAGCGUUUUGCUUCUGCCGCGGGAUUAGCAGGCAAGCCCGCCGCGCUCGCGAAGCAGCUGAUGUUAGAUGAUAACGCGCUGCUUGGGAGCUGGGGCCCGGUCAUUAAGAAGCUGGUCGCUACGGCCUGCGAUGAGGAAUCGGCGGAUAACCCUGCGGCAGUCCUGGAUAUCAAACCGCUGUACAUGCUACCUAUUGGUGUGUCGUGGCAGCAUAAAGCUGGUGUAACAAUCAUCGGUGAUGCAGCGCACCUAAUGUGCCCGUGGGCUGGCGAGGGAGUCAACCUGGCCAUGUGGGAUGCGCUGUUGCUGGGUCGCGCUAUUAUCAAGGCGCGGACUGCUGGGCGGGACCUGGAGUCCUUCCUGCAGGCGCUGGAACCGUUGCUGAGAGAGUUUGAGCUGGAUAUGGUGUCGCGUGCAGGAGAAAAGGCCGAGGAGACAUACAAUACUGGACGGAUGAUGUUUGGGGAGAAUGGAGCCGAGGCUCUUGCUGGAUUCUUCAGAUCUGCUUAUGCUAGUGGGCUGGAUGAAAUGCAAUCUCAUGAAUCAGCGGUACUGUAUAGUGUAUAA